AUGGCGGAAACCGAGAGACCCCACCGUUCUUCAAGUAUUAACAGCAGCAACAACGCCACAGCGAAUGCUUCUUCAACCGAUCUAUUCAUUUGUUUCACGUCUCGUUUCUCUUCUUCUUCCUCCAUGCGUCUCUCUUCCCUCAGCCCAGCUCGCUCCGCCUGUCUCACCACUUCUCUCAGCCGCCGUCUCCGCACGAGCGGCAGCUUGAAGAACGCUUCAGCCGGAGUUCUAAACUCUCCGAUGUUCGGAGCUAAUGGACGGAAGAGAUCUGGAUCUGGUUUCGAGAACAACAACAACAACAUCGAGCCGUCGUCUCCGAAGGUGACGUGUAUCGGCCAGGUUAGGGUGAAGACUAGGAAGCAUGUGAAGAAGAAGAUGAGAGCGAGAUCUAGGAGGAAAAGCGGCGAGACGAGUUUCAGAAGAUCCUCGAGCGACCAAACCGACGGAGGAGGAGGAGGUUGCCGUUUCGAUGCGAGCGAGAAUCGUUGGGUGCAUCUUCCGGUGACUAUCUGUGAGUCGUUGAGAUCGUUUGGCUCCGAGCUUAACUGCUUCUUCCCGUGUAGAUCCUCGUGUACGGAGAACAGCCAUCACAACAGAGAUCGAGAUGGGAGGCGAGUCGAGAGUAACGACGACGGAUGCGGCGGCGGAAACGGAAAUUCGUGCGGCGCGGUGUUCACGCGGUGGUUUGUGGCGGUGGAGGAGACGAACGGAGGGAAGAGAAGGGAGAUUGAGCUUGUGGUGGGUGGAGAAGACGACGCGGAGGAGGAUAGGAGGAGGAGACACGUGUUCGAGGGGCUCGAUUUGAGCGAGAUUGAGAUGAAGCCGGAGAAGAAAGAGAGAGAAGAUGUUGGACGGAUCGGGAUUUGUUCUCCGCCGAAGAACGCUUUGCUUUUGAUGCGGUGUAGAUCUGAUCCGGUUAAGGUGGCGGCGCUAGCUAACCGGGUUCGAGAAAGGCAGAUGUCACUCAACGAUGGCGCACUUGGUCGAGACGAGACGGAGGAAGAUGAGGAGAGAAGGUCUGAGCUGGAAAUUGAAGAUAAGAAGCGGAUCGAGUUGUGCGAGAAAUGGAUUUCCGGCGAGACUACCGUCGAGAGAGAGAUUGUAGUUCCGGUUCCAAUUGCAGAAGCCGAAGCUCCUUUGGCAUCAAAUUUAGCUAGAAAGGAAGAAAAAGUCGAAGAUCUAGAAGAUUCGGCCAUGGAAUUAGCAGAAGAAGAAGAAGAGGAAGAAGAAGCAUCGAAAAUCCUGGAGGUAGAUUCGUUUGAGGAAGAAAUUGAGUCCACAAUCAUUAAAAGCAUCGAAGACGAUAUCAGAAACGCCAUAGAAGAAGAGGAGCGUAUGGCAGAGAUGGAAGAAUUAGCGGCGGUGGUUAAACCGGAAGAAGAAGAAGAAAGCAAAGAGGUUGCCUCUGAAACGCCAAACAUGGAAAGAUCCGAAAAAGGAAACAGAGAACCCGACCCGAGUCCGGAAGUGAUGAUGAGAGGGAGUCAACAAGAGGAGAAAGCGAAGACGACGCCGUAUAAGGUGUUACCGGAUUGUCUACUGCUGAUGAUGUGCGAGCCAAAGCUAUCAAUGGAAGUCUCAAAGGAGACUUGGGUCUGCAGUACAGAUUUCGCCAGAUCUUUACCGGGAAGACCUCCGGCGAAGAAGAUGCAAGAACCUGCCGGAGAUCAUCAUCAUCAUCAACCCAAGAAGCGGAUCGUCACAGCCGUUGAAUCCAACGCAUCUUCUCGCCGCCGCUCAAUCGAUAGACCACCGCUUCACCAAGCGCUGUUACAGCCGCCUCGGUCAUCGUGCUCGUACCCAGCAGCUCCACCUAUAAUAAGGCCGGCUGCGGCGGUUGGGGAGCAGAAGGUAGCUAAUAAGGCAUACGAGCCGUCAAUGUUGCCACGUUGCAAAUCGGAGCCGAGGAAGUCAGCGUCAAAGCUUGCGCCGGAAGCUUGUUUCUGGAAAAAUCGGAAGCUGGAGCCGCACCCUCCAGCUACCGUCGGAGUCGGCGGCGCCGGAGUAGGGUUCUAG